AUGGUUUCCGCUUCCAAGGAGAAGAGACUCGCCAACAAGGGCGAGAGCAAGCUCGCUGCUAAGAGAGCUGCCAAGAAGGCCGAGAAGGAGGGCGGUACCCCCAAGAAUGCCAGCACCACCGGCUCGGUGAACGGCGACGAGGACGGCCCCGCCACCUCUGCCGACAAGAUGGACGAGGUCAAGCGUCUCGCCGACCAGAUGGACAAGCACGGCAUCUCUGACCGUGUCACCACCGGUGUCCUGGCCUCCACCCCGAGCAGCAGAGACGUCAAGAUCACCAGUGCCUCCCUGGUGUUCCACGGCAAGGUCCUCUUCAACGACACAACCCUCGAGCUCUCCUACGGUCGCCGCUACGGUCUCCUCGGUGAGAACGGUUGCGGAAAGUCCACCCUCCUCAAGGCCAUCGCCUCCCGCGAGUUCCCCAUCCCCGAGCACGUCGACAUCUACCUCCUGAACGAGGGUGCUCCUCCCUCCGACCUCGGUGCCCUUGAGUGGGUUGUUACCGAGGCCGAGCGUGAGAUGGAGCGUCUGGACAAGAUGGCCGAGAAGAUUCUUGAGGAGAGCGGCCCCGAGGACCCCGUCCUCAUGGACCUGUACGAGCACAUGGACAAGAUGGACCCCUCCACCUUCUCCACCCGCGCUUCCCUCAUCUUGACCGGUCUCGGUUUCAACAAGGUCACCAUCCACAAGAAGACCAAGGACAUGUCUGGUGGCUGGAGAAUGCGUGUCGCCCUGGCCAAGGCCCUCUUCGUCAAGCCCUCGCUGCUGCUGCUCGACGACCCCACCGCCCAUUUGGAUCUCGAGGCCUGCGUGUGGCUCGAGGAGUACCUCAAGAAGUGGGAGCGUACCCUCGUCCUGGUCUCCCACUCCAUGGACUUCCUCAACGGUGUGUGCACGACCAUGCUCGACAUGCGCAUGAAGCAGCUCCUCUACUACGGUGGUAACUACGACUCGUACCACAAGACGAGAUCCGAGCAGGAGACCAACCAGAUGAAGGCCUACCAGAAGCAGCAGGACGAAAUCGUCCACAUCAAGAAGUUCAUCGCCUCCGCCGGUACCUACGCCAACUUGGUCAGGCAGGCAAAGUCCCGUCAGAAGAUUCUCGACAAGAUGGAGGCCGACGGCUUCAUCCAGCCCGUCAUCCCCGACAAGGUCUUCACCUUCCGUUUCGCCGACGUCGAGAAGCUGCCCCCUCCCGUCCUGUCCUUCGACAACGUCACCUUCUCCUACUCUGGCGAGGCCAAGGACGACCUGUACCGCAACAUCGACCUCGGUUUCGACAUGGACUCCCGUACCGCCCUCGUCGGCCCCAACGGUGUCGGCAAGUCCACCCUGCUGCGCCUCAUGACCGGCAAGCUGUCACCCACCGCCGGUUCCGUCAGCCGUCACACCCACUUGAAGCUCGGCCUGUACUCCCAGCACUCCGCCGAGCAGCUCGACCUCACCAAGUCGGCGCUCGACUUCGUGCGUGACAAGUACAGCGAGAAGUCCCAGGACUACCAGUACUGGCGCCAGCAGCUCGGCCGCUACGGUCUGACCGGUGAGGCCCAGACCUCUCUGAUCGGCACCCUGUCCGACGGUCAGAAGUCGCGUAUCGUCUUCGCCCUGCUCGCCAUCGAGAGCCCCAACAUGCUGCUGCUCGACGAGCCUACCAACGGUUUGGAUAUCCCCACCAUUGACAGUUUGGCGGACGCCAUCAACGCCUUCAGCGGAGGUGUCAUUGUCGUUUCCCACGACUUCAGACUUUUGGACAAGAUUGCCAAGCAGAUUCUGGUGUGCGAGAACAGAACCAUCAAGCCUUGGGACGGCUCAAUAGGCGAGUACAAGAACUACCUGCGCAAGAAGAUGCUUGCCUCCGGUGCUGUCUAA